UGGCAAAUCCGAAGACCUCUUGCAGAAGCGAUAACUUCCCAUAGCGUCAAACUGUGGUACUGCACUGCCUGUCUUUCUGAGACAUAUCAAAUCUUGCCUUGGUGCGUGAUUCAACCGGCACUUGUUUUACCGUACCAUACAACAUGGCGACCCAAUCAAACAACCCCCUCAAAGGCAUCCUUAAGAAGCCUAUCCCCCCAGCCGCCGACCCCAAAGUCCGCGAAGUAGCCGUCCAGCACGCCAACAUAAUCCAGCAGCGCAAGGAACUCGAAGACACCAUAACGGAUUACAUCAUCGAGCUCUCCAAACUGCCUCUCGACCGAUCCAGCCCCUACACCUCCUCGAGCCCAUCCCCCACCGACGCCGCAACCUUCAAGUCGCAUGUGCGCCUCUUCCAGCCCAGCGACUACGAAGACCUCAUCUCGGAGCGCAACGCCAAUGGCUUAUGCGGGUACACGCUGUGCCCUAAGCCGCGGAUGCGCGUAGCCCAGCGUGGCGAGUACAAGCUCAUCAAUUACGGGCGAAAGGACUUCAGCAUCGUGCCCAAGAAGGAGAUUGAGCGGUGGUGCGGGGCCGCGUGUGCGCGGCGCGCAAUGUGGAUCAAGGUGCAGUUGAACGACACGUCGGCGUGGGAGCGGGCCGGCAUCGACAGCAUUGAGAUUGGGCUGUACGAGGAGCCCAAGAAGACGGAAGAGGAUGAGGCGGCACGGCGAUUGACAAGAGACAUGGCGGGGUUACAGGUUGAGGCUGAGAGGAAGGCGGCCAAGGAUGCGCAGGAGCUUGCUUUGGAGCGGGGUGAUACGGAUGAGGGGGCGAAGCGCAAAGUUGAUGUUAGGAUCCAGGAGAACAGCGUCAAGGGAGUGGCGGAAGAGCCGUCUUUGGGCAAGGAUGAUGAUGGUCACUUGGUAACCGAAGGCUACAAGACGAAGUUCGACUCCCAGAAAAACACGGCGAGUAAGAACACGACGGGCAUAUAAAUAAAGUGGUCCCGGUCGAAGCACGGUGUCACGGACAUGGUCAACAUCCAGCAUCUA